AUAACUGGUCCACAAGGAAAAAGAAAACUCGUUCUCGGUCAAAUUCCAAUUCUCCUUUGCUCCAAUCAAUGCUAAAAGGUUUGUUUCUCUCUUUAAGUUCAAAUGCUUCUUCACUUUCCACUCCAUCAGCUUCACCUGCAUCUCCCUAUCCUCCCCUUAUAUAUAAACCUCACCGUCUCGACCAAGAAGCAUCAAACUUUCUCAAACCAAAUUCAUUACUCAGAAGGGGAAAGAAAUUCUGGGCCCUUCUCAUUUAUGAAGAAUUCUGCUUCUGCAGCAUAGUUUUCCUGAACGCCGGGUGUCGUCUUUGCUAUAAAACUAUAGGCACCAAAAGAUAGAAAUGGAGAGUGCAUUUACUUGGGAAAACAAGGCGCUGAUCAAUGAACUAACUCAAGGGUUGGAGAAAGCUAAGCAGCUGAGGAUUCAUUUGUGCUCGACGUUUCCCUCUGAAGCUCAGGAUUUGCUUUUGCGGAGGAUAAUAUCCACUUUUGAGAAGGCUUUGAUGAUUCUGAAGUGGGGUGCAUCUGUUGGACAAGCCCAAGAGUGUGCAGCGCUACCAGCGGCACGGGAGUGUUCCGUAUCCAUGGAUGGAAGUCCAAGAAGUGAUGAUAUGAACAAGAAUUUCGGAGAUCAUCGCAACCAUGGAGAUGUGUCAAGGAAGAGAAAGUCGCAGCCUAUAUGGACAGAGCAGGUGAAAGUUAACUCUGAAAAUGCACUUGAAGGACCUGGAGAUGAUGGAUAUAGCUGGAGAAAGUAUGGGCAGAAAGACAUCUUGGGAGCUAAAUAUCCCAGAAGCUAUUAUCGAUGUACAUAUCGUCUUGUUCGAGAUUGCUGGGCAACAAAGCAAGUGCAGAGAUCAGAUGAAGACCUCACCAUAUUUGACGUCACGUACAAAGGGAGACACACGUGUAACCAGUCCAUUAAUGCAGUUCCACCACCAGCAUCACUAGAAAAACGAGAAUUAAAGAAUAACAAUUCUCAUUACCAAUUAGAACAACAGAAUCAAACACUUGCAAAUUUCACAGCAAACCUUAGAGUCAACACUGAGGAGUUGGAUAUCAAGGAGAUGCCAACCCACUUCUCCUUUCAAUCGACAUUUGCAUGCCGUGGCAGAGAAAAUCACUGUUCUCCCAUUUCUGCUCUUGCUGAUGACAAUCAACUCGGCACGUAUUCUCCAGUGUUUUAUUCUCCAGCCACAACAGAAUCAAAUUAUUCUUCAGCAGCAGCCAAUUACCACACGAGAAACCAUGUGGAAGCUCCUAUACAACAGUCAGAAACUGAUACUGCAGACAUAAUCUCUGCACAUGCAUCGACAACUAAUUCUCCAACUGGAGGCAUGGAGUUCUCAAUUGAUCCAGUAUAUCUAGAUCCAAAUUUCCCAUUCAACAUCCCUGGAUUUUUUACAUGAACUUUUGAAGUUCAUAAAAGUGGACGAUAAGAGCGAAGGAUGUGGUUUUGAAACCAUGAUAUGAUCCGUAGAAAUUUAAAAUUAGGGAGAGGCAUUCUGUAGAAACUUACAAGAUGCGAUAAUAUACUAGUCAAAAACUAGGAACUAAUUGUGUAUCAAGAACAAGUUCUUCAGUAUAGUUUUCAUGUAUAGAAAGAGUGGUUUUGGACUUUCAGGUAACAGCCUCUAGUGA